CAGGGACACCACACAUACCGGUAGCGCAUUUGUGUUCGAGUGAACUCGGCGGGCUGUACGCACACGGAACCGCAUCAGUCGUUCGCGGACUGCUCGAACUCCACGAGAACAAAUGAUGUUUCAAGUAAAUUAAAUUUCCAACAUUACACAUCAACAGUUCACACUUUAUAUUGUGGUAUAUAUCAGCAUGUAUCAUAUUCUUAAAUUAGUGGGAGUUGCAAUUCAAUAUUGGUUAAGUCAGUAAAGUUUUCUGACAGAUUAAAAAUUUUGUAUUCAAUGCACAUUUUUGUGCAUAUAUUAUAUGCGCUUUUGAAUAUUUUGAGAUAACUCAGAUCAUAAACGCAUGCAUUUUUUGAGGAAUGAAGUCCCUAGCCUUACUAACAAGACGUGAUAAACUGAUAACCAACGGAAUUUAUCGCAGUAACUCGCUCCAUAAAAGUAAACCGUACGGCGACCGAUCGGGCUUACCGUGGUUAACGGCGUACGUACGGCCGUGGUUAAUAUAACAUGGUAUAAUUUAUAACAUCAUUGUUAUUGAACUCGUAUCCCGUGAGGUUCUAAACCGGCGCGGUAAUAUUAUUAUGUUCUAUGGUUCGCCAACCGCCGACUAUAUUGUUUACGGUUCUCGUGGCGAGCGGAUUACCAUAAUAGGUGUGCGAUAUUCCGUUGUUCAGUUGUGUUCAUAGAAAAGCAAGUAAAGUGUUUAAGUGUUCUAUAACCGUUGUCGGGCACUCCGGCGGGCGUCUUCUCCGCAUCCAUAUUGCCGACCGAUUGUCGGCCAUUUUCUAAAGUUUUAGUCAUUUUUCGUUAUUUUUUUUUUUUAUACCGCGAUUGCGUACCUAUGUAAUGUUUAUUCAGUGCGUCGAAAUUCAGAUCUAUAACAGACCGUUUUCGCUUUGCGUUCGCCAAUGCGUACAUUACAUACCUGCUACAAAGUUAUGCAGUUUGCGCGAGUAGAGUCAUGAUCACCUCCGACCCUGCGAUACGUGGUGGUGACCGUUUCCAGUGGAUUACGUGCUGCCGCGCUGGGCGAUGUGUCAAAGGAAUUCAUAACUGCCGCCUGUCGUCAUAAUGUCUACAAGUCAAAGUGGUUCUGAAUUUCCAACUGGCAUAGAUCAACAGAACAAAAAGUUUACCACUAUAAUUAUUUAUCCGACGGUGACUCCAGAAAAGAUAAUCAUACCAAUGGUAUCGUGUAUUUUGGGUUUCCCGUUGUUGGCGCUAAUGGUGAUAUGCUGUUUAAGACGUAGGGCCAAAUUGGCGAGGGAUCGAGAUCGUCGAAGAAAUUUAGGAUUUGCUCGAGCGUGCACAAGUGACCAAGGAGUGAUAUCUCUGGCUAGGUUUAGUCCAAUGCAUAAAAUCGGCGUAUACCUGGCUGCGGGGGCGAAUGCCAGUGGCGGUGCGAUGCCGUCGCCACUGUCGUCCGGCGGUAGGAACCACCCGCUGCGCAGCGAGAGCCGGUCAUACGCGUCCUGCGACCUUGAUCCCGUCAUGGAGGAGAGGAGCGAGAUGGACAGCAGCUGUGGCGGCGUGGCCGGCGGCGGACCGGUGGCCGGUUUAGGGGCGGUGGCCGACGGUGGCGGGGUCGUUGGCGGCGGAGCGGUCGAGGCUCUCGUGUGUCCGGACAGCUAGCAACACGUGCUGGCCAUCGCCAGGAUAUCGGUGGCCGUGCAGACGGAUAAACCGCCACCCAGACCGGUCAGGUCACCGCUGUGGAACACUCUCACCAACAACCCGCCGGACGAGGCGAUCAGCUGACAUCCGGCCCGGCCCGAACAGCUCAAGGCCAUAGCGAUCAUAGAACCUUGACGGGCCCGACACACACCCACCCAAUCUUACCCACGGUCCAUCCACCCACCGGCAUGGACGCGCAUUUCCGCGGCUAUACAAAUCUUAUUUUUUGUCGUCUUGUCAUCAUGAUAAUAAUAUUAUGCUAUUGUAAAAUACGGUAAAGAUAACUUCAGACAAAAAUGCCAAAUAUGUGGGUACAUAUUAUAAUAUGUGCUAUAGUUUGUUUUAUAGUGAUUAUACUCGUAUCGUGUAAAUAUAGUGUGAUAAACCGUUCACUGUUCAGAUAUUAUCUGGAAUUGAGUUUGGCGGAAAAUUCGAAUGUGUUAAUAUGUUAUUAGUUUACCAAUUAAUAUUAGUUGAGUUUGUAUUUAUUAUUUUCUUGUAGUUCGUAUAGUUUUUACCCAUCAAAUACUUCCAUGAUUUUUUCACGGGCAGUUUAACUAAAUAUCCGAUCAGGCCGGUAAAAACAUAUAAAUCCAAAAAUUCAAAUAAUCCGGACAUUUUGAUCUUAAUAAUAGGUAGGUAUCUGGAGUUUGAUAAAAUCCUUUUCCACCCAACGUUGAUGUAUAAUACGCACACACACAAUAUUCUUCUCUACUAAAUCACACUCUAUCUCUCGCUCUACCUCCACCUGUCUUUCUUUUAGACGCAAAUCGCCUACCCGCGGAACAUUUCAGUUUCAGUUUGAUGGGCAUAAACUUUAGCAAAUAAACUUUCCAAACAAACAACCUAGGCCACGCCCACGCAUACGUGUAUAUAUACACUUAUGCGUGUAUGUAUGUGAACACAAUGUACUUAUCACAGCUGUACCCUACUCUACUUCCACCCUUUACGCGUCGUCGUCGUCGUCGUCGUCGUCGUCAUAUCAUCGUCCGGUGCCACUACUAUUCACACACACAUAUAUAUAAUUACUUUUCAAACUUUUAUCGACCGGAUACCGAAAUCAUGUUUAUUCGGGUGACGGUAACGAAUCGGAUAAAUCCUAAAAUAAACUUAAAAAAAACUGCGUUUAACGAUCAACAUCCGUUUGGACAAACGAACUAACUUAUUGCUCCCUCUUUCGUUACUAAGUGUCACAACGCAGCCUUUGUGACUUGACAGUUGACAGUAUAUAUAAUAUAUAUAUUUUUACUUUCAUUAGGUACACAUGAGAUAUGGUUGUAUAUUAUAUUAUUAUGUACUUAUAUUUUUAACUGUUAUAGGUAGGUUAGAAUACUAAUAUUAAAUAUUAUUAAGCUGCAACCAUGGUUUAACUACUAACUAUAUUCCUUAUUUGCUGAGUAUACAUAUUUUGUCUUGUGUAUAUUUUAAACAUCCAUAUUAUGGGUUCAUUAUUUUGCCAAUUAUUAUUAUUGUCAUGAUAUAAGAAUAGUGACUACAUAUAAUAAUGAUAAUAUUAAUAAUAAUUGUAUUAUUAUUUGCUAAUGCACUGUGGUCUGUGAUGUAAUGUGACUUCGUCAGACAUUUAACUAUAAUGUAAUCAAUAUUUUCAACGACAAAAAACGUACCGGUAAAUUAGUAGAAAUUAUAAUUUCAGAUUGUCACAGUUUAUGAUGUUGAUGUUGGUCUUUCAUUUUACGUUUUGGCGUCAAAGCCUAUUUAUCUGACGACCUCCGAGCAGUACCAUAGACACGCGUUCGCAAAAUUCCGUUGAUGAAUGUUGAUUUCUGAAAUGAGCGAAAUAUUUUUAAGAUUUGAUCUAAAUACAAAUUAUAUUAUAUUAUCAUCUUCCGUCGAUUAAAUACAGAAAAUAAUACAAUAUAAAUAAAUAAAUUUAAAAAAAAAUUUGAUAAGAAAAUAUCAAAAUUAAUUUUGAAAAAUUAACUAAAUUGAUAAAUUAACAUAAUUAGCUAGGUACCUAUAUAUCAAUAAUAAUUUGAUUAGCAACAUCAUAAUAAAAAUAAUAUUCAUUUUCAAUUUCAAGUCGUUAUAGAAUAAAAAAAACUCUUUUCAAAAAUACUACAUUUUCAAAAUUAUUUUAUUGAUACGUUUUAGAAAACACGCCUGUGACGAGCAAUUAAUCGGUGUAAAGCAGUGACAAAAUUAUUACUGAUAACAUUAUAACAUCACUCACAAUAUUAAUUAGUAAAAUAAAAAUGAGUUGGUGGUAUUUAAUAUUCAUUUGAGUUAUUGUAUUAUUAAAAAUACUAAAUACUUAAUUCUGCAAGUAACAAUAUUAUUUAAAUACAAAAUACAAUAUACUUUAGAAAACAACUCAGUAAAUACUAAAUAUAGGUAUAAGAUAAGUAAAAUAAAUCGUACUUAAAAUGUUGAAUUAUGUUUUGGAUUAGAUGUCAAGUACUUAAAAAGUUGAUUAAGCUUAACUUGAUAACAAAUUAAUUAAAAUAACGUAAGUUUGGGUUUUUCGUUUAGAGAUUACCAAAAAAAUACUUAAUAAGACUUCAUAGUCACUAACUACUAAUUACUAAUUAUAAGUACCAUUUUGAAUUUUUGAUAGUUCAACUAAAUAGCCUGUAAUAGUUUGCUACAACUGAAAGUAUUAUGGUACAAACAAUACAAUUUGCUUUUAUCAAUUAUAGAGCGUGUACCUACGUCUCUAUUUCAAUUCAACUCGUCUGAAAAUUGCUCUGUACACUUUACGUAUAUUUUAGCAAGAAACACGAAUACGUACUUUUAUAUAUUUUUACCUAAAAAAAUCGCCACACGCUUGGGCACCAAUAUCAGAAUAUUGUUUGAUCGGUUCAAAAAUGUUUAACACUGGUCCGCAAUCACGUGGCGUUUUUUAAAAAAGAUAAAAGUGCGAAAUCGUGCUUUACCGACUUGUUUGUAAGCACGAUAUAUUGUGUCAGACUCGAGAGUUUCGAUAUCGACAUAAUUUCUGCCCUCGGGCGCCGAUAAAUACAAUUCAUUUUCUACUUGCGAUUUUCUAAACAAGAGCUGAGGUCGAACCACGUAACGGGGAAAGUAAUAUACAAUUAUACUGUAUUAUAUAGGUGUAUACACCCCGAAAAACUUUUAAUGGUUUCGACGGAAUGAUAUAAAAGUGUAUAGUGCAUUGCGCGUUGCUGGCGUUAUACAACGUGGUAACUUAAUCCGGCUUUGCGACGGUUUACUCGGGAGACGUGUCGGGACAAAUUUAUAUAUACGUUUGGUAAAUAAAUUAGGGUCGAAUCGAAAAAUAACUGCUACUGCGGUGGUUAGGAUAGGUAUAAUAUUAUUAUUAUUAUCAUUAUUAUUAUCAUUAUUAUUAGUCUUGGCCAGGACAAUUCGUUAUUGCGGAGCAGCCGAACGGAGAAGCUCUCCGUCAUAUCGUAACCGUGGAAACGGCGAGUUCGUUAUUAUUCCAUUAAGGAUAUAGGUCUAUAUGGAAAUAGAUUUAUAAUAAUACAAAAUACACAAAUACGUUCGUUUGUGUAAUUGUGUGUGUGUGUGUGUGUGUGCUAGUCGUUCAUUAGUGGGUUUUUCAAGUGUGUGUAAAUAAAAUAUAAAUAAUAAUAUUCGAGAUUGUAAAAUGACAUUAUUAAUGUCAUUUAAUCCGUAAUCAAAUAUGAACGACAAUCAUUGGUCGUAGUGUUUGUCAGCGUAUUUGCAAUGUGUAUCGAUAUAUUAUUAUACUGAAUUAUACUCUAGACUCUAGAUAGUUGAUAUUUUUAAGGUUUUCAUUGAUUUUAUGAUUGAUUUUUGUGAUUUUCAACAAAAAGUACCUUAGUAAAAUAUAUUGUACACUAAAUUUCAUUGAAAAAUGUUUUUGGUUAUUUUUUGGAAUUUGCUGUAAAUUUUUUUCUCUGAAUCAAUUUUAUUAAUUUGUCAUACCUUAAACAGUUAUACUCAUAAAAUACUUAUAUUAAGACAUAAUAUAAUUUUGUAUGAAUACGCGUAGUAUCAUUAUUUAGAAAAAAAUGGUCGUAUGAUAUAAUAUUACUAUUGUUUGGUAGGUAUUUAUUUAUAUUUUUUUUUUUUGUGACCCUCAGCGACAUCGGCCUUUGGGUUUAUGUUGUGUGGGGGUGGUUACGAUUGGUACCUAACACGGUUGGUGUUCCAACACGUGGUUUUAUGUGCGGGACAAGGAUUCGUCGCCAAGAACCCGAGUGGUCACCCAUCUGGGAGCCAGCGACGACGGACAAAAUGAUUGACAGCAGCACACGUUAGUGACUGCGGCCAACCACCGCGUCAGACAGGCCUCUAUUAAUAAAUAUUGUAAUAUUAUUAUUUAACAAAAUCAUAUCUUGUAUACCUAAUACAAACACACUGUGAAUAAGAAACGUUUUAUUUUCUCUAAACGGUUAUACCUGUAUCAGUGAGUUUAUAUGAAACUUUAAAACGUUAAUUAGUGCUUAAUUUUUGGUUUUUAUUUUUAGAUUCAAAAACUUAUCACAAUGUUAUAAAUAAAUAAAAUAAUUAUAGUAAUAUGAAAAAUUAUUAGAUCAGUAAUCAAUUAUCAGGUAAUAUCGUCAUAAAUGUAGAACUUUGACGAAAAAUAAAGAAAAGAUAUAACCAAUUUGUUAAAACUUAAAAAGCCAUACCACUAUAAUGAUAAACGGGGCCAAAUUCGUAAUAAUCAUUGUCAUUUGAUUUUUUUGCAAGCUUAUUGAUUCAGGCACAAACCUGUGCACUAUUGCAAAUGACCAAGCCAAUAUUUUUUUUUUACGACUUCAAACUAGUAAUUUUAAAAUCGGUUUAGACGGUUAUACAUGGUCGUACAUUAAAUAAUAUGAAUUUUACUAUUCGUAACAAAUGACAUACUCCUAAAUAUUGUAAAUAGUUUGAUGUAUAAUAAUAUUAUAUUAAACAUAAGCAUAACCGGGUUUUGUACCAUUUUCUUGUAUUAACCGCAGUACAAUCACUAUACUAUUAUAGUAAGUAUUAUGGGCGUUCACUCAAUACAUAUUUGUAUGUAGAGUAAAAUAUUUACUUUUAGGUUAAAUAAAAUAUGUAUUACGUUGAUUGUUAAUAUGUUUGUUUUUUUUUUAAGUAUACUAUUGUUUUAGUUAUAACAAAUCUUAUAAUAUAAUAAUAUGUAUAAUACAUCAUGUAAUAAACAUUUUGAAAUAUA